UUUGGAGCUGGUUUAACUUUUAGGGAAUCAUUGUUUUUUUUUUUUUUUUUAAGCAACACAUUUUAACAUUUCUGCACUUCAAUUGUUCAAAAUACUUUUCUAGGGUUUAUUUAAAUCCCUAGUGUAAACAAAUAUUUAGAUUUACAAAAAUUCCGAUGAAAACAGCUGACUGUUCCUCGUAAUUAAUAUUUUGUUUGUAAACGAGCCCUCCAAUAUUCCCAUAUUCCCGGAGUUUAAAAUGAAGGACCUUUCGAGACAACAAGAAAUAGUGUUAAAACUAAAUUUAUUGGACUCCCGGGUCACCAAAACCAAGCUUCUAAUGGACUACUAUAGAAAGCGAAGAAAUGACUCCAUUAGAAGAAUCCAAAUGCUACAAUUGAAACAAAUACAUUUGAUUUGUUCCAUAAUGGAUGAACCCAUUCGCUAUCGCUCUGUAUGGACAUAUUCCCAGGAAACCACAUUUUGGGAAGUCCAGGCCCAAGCCAUGUCUGAUAGUGAAUUCAAAGAAAACUUCGGCAUGAAUCGGAAAUCAUUUAACAAAUUGUGUGAAAUGUUAAUCCCUAUGACCAAAAAUGAUAGUGAAUUGCGUAAAUGUAUACCAUUGGACAAAAGAGUUGCUAUAUGUUUGUACACUUUAAGAAGCGCAAAGUUUUAUUCAGAAGUUAGUAACAUUUUCGGUAUAGGAAAAUCUACUGUAUGUAUUUUAUUGAAAACAUUUACCGAAACUGUUUUGGAAACAAUGAAAAAACAAUAUUUGCCAAGAAAUUUUCUAACACCUGAGGCAAUGGAUGAGUGUGUAAGGGGUUUUGAAGAACUGGGUGUACCACAAUGCUUUGGGGCAAUUGAUGGUUAUCGCUUUGAUUUAAAUUGCCGAAGCAGCGAUGGUAAAGAGUACUUGACAUUGCUAGCCUUGGUGGACCACAAUCACACAUUCCGCUAUGCCUAUGUGGAUAGCCAUGACAGCUGGAGUUAUUUAACGCUAUACAAUGACACCCCGUUGCCGAAAAUGUUUGCCAGCGACACAAUCAAAGACAGAACUAAAUUCAUCAAUGGCACUGAAAUUCCGGUUUUCAUUAUUGGUGAUUUAUCAUUUAAUUUAUCCGAGCAUGUAAUGAAACCCUUUGUGUGCGGCAUCACCCCUUCCGACCCGGAAAAAAUGUUCAAUGAAAAAUUACUUCAAUGCCAUAAACUGGUUGACGAAACACUUACGCAACUGAAGGCACGUUUCGGUCGUCUCACUAAUGGCAUUCCGACAAGUACACAUAAUGCUGCAAAUCUAAUAUACACCUGUUGUAUACUUCAUAAUUUCCUACAAAACGAAAAUGACCAUCUUCUUCCCCAAUGGAUAGAGAAACAGCUCAAAUUUGAUGAUAGACUGUCCAAAAAUCAGACACAGGAAUUUGAGUCGAUUGAAUUCAAUUUACGUGCAGAGGAAAUUAGAAAUUGUUUGGCAAUUCAUAUGUACGAUACAAAGUGUAAAAGAAGACUGAGUUGA